AUGGAUGUUUGCGGGCAUAUCAAGACAAAGGCGUUACAUACCAGUUCACUGAAUCCCGCUCUCCGAGGAGAAGAGGAAGUCGCUUCUGGCAUUUUAUGCCAUUACUGCAUGGCUGUGAUACGACAAGCCAGUUCUAUGGUGUGGGCAAAGCAUCGGCAUGGAAAGUCUUCGAAGAUGCACCUGACCUCUUGGAACACCUUGGAGAAGAAAGCCAAAUCAGUGCUGACGUUCUUGCCAAGCCUUUGUAUGCAAACUCUACAAUCCGGGAACACAAGAGAUGGAAAUCAAUUUGCGUUUCGCAAAUCUAAGAAAGAUCUUGACGCCCUACCUCCUACUCAAGAUGCACUGAUUCUCCACAUAAAUCGGGCAAACUACCACACCAUGGUACGGAAUAAAGCGCUGGAACCAUGUCCUUCUCUCCUAAAGCCUGUAGACAGUGGA